AUGCUGUGGCGCGAUCUGCGGGCAUGGCAGGUCUUCGGCGCCAACACGAAUGUCGGCAAGACCAUCGUCUCGACGUUGUUGUGUCGGGCUCUACAGAACCGUCCUGAGAGUCGUGUGCCGACGCUUUAUUUGAAGCCCGUCUCGACAGGCCCUGAGAACGAGGCCGAUGUCGGACAUAUUGGUACUUUUGUGCCCGGCGUUGUGUCCAAGAACAUCUCACAGUUCUCGCGGCCGCUAAGCCCUCAUCUGGCUGCUGAAUUAGACAAGGAUUCUUCGGUCCCAAGAUCAGAUGCAUCAAUCCUGUCAAGGGUAAAGUCUGUCCUCACCGACCACGCUACAGCAGGAGGCAGAUAUGCGCUCGUGGAAACUGCAGGAGGCGUCCUGUCCCCAGGUCCAUCUGGCACCGUUCAAGCGGAUCUCUAUCGGCCGUUGAGGCUGCCGACGAUCCUUGUCGGAGACAGUAAGCUCGGGGGCAUAGCGACCACAAUAUCCGCAUUCGAGUCCUUGCACGUCCGCGGCUAUGAUGUGGACUCGAUCGUCCUGUUCAACGACCCGGACUGGGGGAACUUUGAAUACCUCGAGAAGUAUUUCCGCAGCCACGACAUCCCGACAUUUGCUCUGCCCCAGCCCCCGCCCAAGCAUGAGAGUCCCGUGGCAGACAAAGACCAGCUUCGCAGCUACUACGCUGAUACCGCCAAUGGACGCCCCAUCAGCGCUCUCUUCGACCACCUCAGGAACAAGCACUACCGUCGCGUCUCGCAGGUGAUAUCAAUGCCCAGCCACGCCGAACAGGUUAUCUGGCAUCCAUUCCGCCAGCAUGGCAUUGCGCACAACAUCACUGCCAUUGACUCUGCAUACGACGACCACUUUCAGACGUACAUUGCCAAGGAUACACCCGAGCAGGACUUCGUCCCAGGCUUAAAGUCACUUGAAGCCGAAAACAAGCUACCGCAAUCUCUUCUCACUCCUCUGUUUGAUGCAUCGGCCUCGUGGUGGACUCAGGGCCUAGGGCACGGCAAUCCCAACAUCGCAUUGACAGCCGCCCACGCGGCGGGUCGUUACGGCCAUGUCAUGUUUGCGCACUCGGUCCAUCAGCCGGCCCUGGAUAUCUCGUACAGUCUCCUCGAAACCCUGCAGAACCCCCGUCUCAGCCGAAUCUUCUUCACAGACAACGGCAGCACAGGCAUGGAAGUCGCGGUCAAGAUGGCCCUGCGCGCUUCCUGCGCAAGAUACGGCUGGACCAAGGACGACGUGGCCGACAAGCCCGUAGAGAUUCUCGGUCUUAAGGGCAGCUACCACGGCGACACGAUUGGCGUGAUGAACUGCAGCGAACCCUCCGUCUUCAACGAGAAAGUCGACUGGCAUCGUCCCUGGGGCCACUGGUUCGAUCCACCAUCCUUGCUCUUCAAGAGAGGAAAAUGGGAACUCACAGUCCCGGCUGAAACGUCACCCUCAGCCACGACCGAGACGCAAACAUUCGAUUCAAUACACUCCAUCUUCGACUUUGACGCCCGUGCAGACGAUGCAGCCCGCUACAAAGUCCACAUCACGCGCACCCUCCAAGCACUGGUGCGUGACCAACACCGCCGCUUCGGCGCCCUGGUCCUCGAACCUCUCCUCAUGGGCGCGGGCGGCAUGAUCUUCGUGGACCCGCUAUUCCAACGGUCGUUGAUAAAGACCAUCCGCGAAAAUCCCGGAUUGAUCCACCCCACCGAGACAGGCGGCGACGACGACGACGACUCUUCGUCUUCAACCGACUGGUCCGGCGUGCCCGUCAUCGCCGACGAAGUCUUCACAGGCCUGUACCGCCUCGGGCGCGCGAGUUCCAGCUCCUUCCUCUCUAAGCACGUUGACGGUCCCGCCGCCGCUCGGGGCGCCGACACCCAAACAGAUCGUGGCCCGCCCUCACAACCGUCCAUCCACGUAGCCAUCGCGCCCGACAUCUCCGUGCACGCCAAACUCCUAACGGCGGGACUCCUCCCCUUGGCCAUCACCACGGCCUCGGACCCCAUCUUCCAGACGUUCCUGUCCGCGGACAAGACAGACGCCCUGCUCCACGGCCACAGCUACACGGCCCACCCCGUAGGCUGCAGCGUCGCGACCAAAGCGCUAGCCGAGUAUCGCAGGCUCGACGAGACCACCUCGUCAUCAUUAUCAUCAUCAUCGUCAUCAUCGAGCGCAACCUCCUCGACGUCAUGGCAACCCUUCAAGCAAGCCUGGGCCCACUCGCAAUCUGCACAAUCCACAGAUCAAACCACAUCGUCCUUACCGUCCCCAUUGACGAACGAUCCGCCACCGGCGAUAUACUCCUUCUUCCCACCCACCCUCGUCGACACCUUAUCCCACCACCCCCGUCUCUCGGGCUGUUUCGCCCUCGGCACGGUCCUGGUCCUGAAGAUGGCCCCGCCGAAGGGUUCUCCAACAGGGGGGUAUACCUCGACGGCGGCCGCGGCGCUGCAAGAGCGGCUCUUGACGUUGCUGGACGAGGAAGGGUGCGGGAUCCACUCGCGCGUGCUGGGCGACGUCAUUUAUUUCAUGGCGAGUCUGACGACGAGCGCGGAGCAGAUUGGGAGGGUGGGCAGGAUGAUUUUGAAGGGUUUGGAUAUGGAAGUCGGGGCGUAA